CUGUGUAAGUGCUAGUGUACCAUCAUGAGGUCCCUCUUGGCUGUUCUGUUUCUGUGUGGGGCCGCCCUGUCCCACCCGGGUUUCCGUCUCCUCAUCCCUAAUGGCAUUAAUGUCCCUAACCCCUGCAUUAAUGUAGUCGGUUUAUGGAAUGCAGUUGGACACAACAUAGAGAUCGGAGGUGGACCAGGAAAUGUUUUCGGAGCGGAUUUCGUGGCGGCCAAUACUCAGUGGACCAAGGACUUGUGUCAGAAAGACUCCGAUAUGGACGGCAAGACAAACGGUGAGGAACUGGGAGACCCGAACUGUGUGUGGAAGCAGGGGGACGCUCCAGCAGGGGAUGCAACUGGUCACCCAGGUAUUUGUGAGCCGAUGUCUGAUGCCAAUUGUAUGAAGAUUAAUGCCAACAUAACCUGUAUAUAAUCAUGCCAAUUUCCAAUUAUUCA